AUGAGCACCACAUUCGGGCUUAGGGCCAAGCCUAGCAAAGUUGCGUUCGUGACUGGCGUCAACGGCAUCAGUGGAAGUGCCAUCGUGGAUCACCUCAUCAAACAGCCACACAGUGAAUGGUCUGAGAUCAUCAUCACUUCGAGAAGUCCGAUCAAGUCGACCCAAAUUGACUCUAGAGUUCGGUUUGUUGCCAUCGACUUCCUACGCCCGGUUGAGGAAAUUGUCGAGCAGAUCAAGGAUCUAUGCAAGAAUGUCACUCACGCUUUCUUCACUUCAUACGUCCAUGACAACGAUUUCUCGAUUCUUUACAAGAAGAACGGCCCUCUCUUCCGCCAUUUCCUGGAGGCCACGGAUUUGGCCUGUCCUAAAUUGAAACGCGUUGUUUUGCAGACUGGCGGAAAGCAUUACGCUUUUCAGUACCGGGACAUCAAAACGCCCCUUGUGGAGGACAUUCCUCGCUACACCGGUCCCGAGAACAUGUUCUACUACGAGCAAGAAGACGACUUGUUCGCUGUUCAGAAACGUCGUAACACUUGGAACUACAACAUAAUCCGUCCUAUGGGAAUCAUCGGUUUCAGCUGGCAAUACCUUGGCAUCAACGAAACCCUCCCGAUUGCCCAAUACUUCCUCGUCUGCCGUGAGCUUGGGGAGGCUCCUAGAUGGCCCGGAAACCUGGAUACCUGGCUCCGAUCUGAGACUCAGUCUUUUGCUCCCGGAAUCGCCGACCUCACUAUCUGGGCAGCGACCCAGGACGCGUGUAAGGACGAGGCCUUCAACCACGUCAACGGCGAUGUGAUUGUCUGGAAGUUCUUGUGGUACAUGUUGGCCGAUUACUUCAAGGCCCCGAUGACCAACUUUGAACCUCCCACAGAGGAAACCAAAACCAUCGACAUGGCUGAGUGGGCCAAGGAUAAGAGACCGACUUGGGAGAAAAUCGUGGCCAAGCACGGUGGUGAGGUCAACUCAUUCAAUAUAGCAGCUUUUGAGUUGAUGAACUGGUAUAUUGCGCCAUCGGGGAUUAAGGGCUCAAUUCUUGCCACUAAUGCCAAGGCUCGCGACUUUGGCUGGCUUCGCAAUGAUGAUACUUACCGCGCGUGGUUGAGCACCAUGCGCGCCUACGAAAAUGCCGGUGUUCUCCCAAUUUCCUAA